UGCUUAUGUGCGUGAGGGUUCUUUACGAUCUGAAGGCCGAUAGGCUCUCGUUUGUGCCCGACGACUGUUUGAAAGACACGGGAAAAAUCUUGGGUGGACCCGUCAAAAGUUUAUGCUACUCUUUGAAGAGUAUAUUGCAUGUUACGAGUAUAGUCUCAACAAGCAUCGAAAAAGAUUUCGUCUCAUUGAUAGAAAAGAUUCAUCUGUUAAAGGGAGCUAAAAGGAUAGCUGUGAUUGGAGCUGCUUUUAGGAUAAGAUUUGACAUUAUGACUAGUCAAAUGGAGAAUCUAGAAAGUGAUGAUUCUCAUUCUGAUGAAGAUGUAGUUGCUAAGACUCGUUCACGAACAGUUGUAAUGAAAAAAGUCAUUCGUGCCCGAAAUAAAGGGAUAAAAUUUAAGGAGAACCUUGCACAAGGCCUAUCAGACGAGGAUGCAGAAAGAAAUGUCCAUUUGGAUAUACUUUCUCAGGCUAUAAAUGCCAAAGAGUAUCCUGGCCGUGUUAGGGGGAUUGGAUUUGGGGUAUCUCGAAAAGAUUGUUUUCCUCCAAAAAAGCGUGUCAAACAUGAUGAAGUGCAAAGUUUAAAAAAUAAUCUAAACGCAGUUGUGGCGCGGCUUGAAGAAAUGGAAAAGAAAAUUUAUGGUAGCAAUGCAAAAGAGGCACAACCUGAUUUGUCUGACUUUGAAGGUAACGAGAAUGGCGCCCCAAGUUGUAGUGACAACAUUCACAAGAUCCCGAAAAACCCGAAAAGUAUUGGCAAGCAGACUGAGAAAACAAAGAAUGUUGUCACCUUGGAUAAAAGUCGAGAAAAAAAUGCUAUUCAUAAUGCUGUGGAUGCUGAGGAUAAACAAAGUUCAAACACUGAACCUGACAUUAUUCCAGAGGGGUUUUCGGAAUGUAAUGUCUAUCUAUCAUCACCGACUUAUCGCGCGGUUGGUCGUGGCAAAGUGCACAACCGUCUUGGUGAAACAAUACACACCAGACCGUUGCCAAUUGACCAUGUGAAAGUUAGUCUUGAGGUUGCUUUCGAGCCAAAUGCCUUGUUGCCUGUGCCUGUUGAUGAUGAAGAACUAAUAACAGUUCGAGAUGCAAUAGGCACUUUUGUGGCGUGGCCAAAGAAUCUCGUUUUUGUAAAUAAAUCGAUCUCAGAAAAUCCCCAGAAUAAGGGAACAAAGAACUCUAACGUUCCAAAAAGGAAUGGGGAAGAAAAACAUACAAAAGGAUCUAAUGAAGUUGGUACUGCGAGGAACGGGUCAUACUGUAGCUAUCUUACCAUGCAUGUCCAAUUGCUCAUGAGACCUGGUGAUUUAUUACCAAGCAUAAUGAUGGCCAAAGAGAUAUUUGGUGUAUCAUUUGAAGAGAAGCUUGGUGUAGAUGAAAUAAAUCAUGUUGUUAUGCAUCAGUGGAUUGGUGUCUCUGCUGUUUGUACAUAUAUCAGCGUAUUACGAGUUUUUCGGGCUCAAGUCGGGAUGGUCCUCAAAAAAUCAAAACACUUGAGAUGGAAAAAUAUUAAGAAGACCAAGAACAAGGCAGAUGCAAUUGUCCCAAAUUUAUUUUUGCUCUCUCUGUCCUUAUUCUUGAGAAUUAAUUCAAAUUUAGUUGAAACU